AUGUCAACUAACUCUAAAACCAGCUUACAAGCUAUUCCCGAUGAUCAAUUACAAGCAGAUUUACUUCGAAGGAGAAAUAUGGGAAGUCGAAUUUUCAUAUUAAAUCGUCCAACAAAGGCCAAUGCGUUAACUCUUGACGUGAUUAGAAGUACUGGGAAUAAAUUUUUUUGUGCUGGUGGAGAUGUUGUAAAUCUUGUAAAACAACUAGAGUCAGAUCCUAGUAAUAAACCAAAUGUACUAACUUUUUUCAGAGAAGAAUAUCAACUUGACCAUCUCAUUGCUACUGUAUAUAAACCAUUUGUAGCGAUCAUUGACGGAGCCACCAUGGGAGGUGGAGUUGGUAUUUCCGCUCUCGCACCAUUUCGUAUAGCAACAGAAAAUACUAUUUUUGCUAUGCCUGAAACAAAAAUUGGGCUUUUCCCUGACGUGGGUGGAUCUUUUUUCUUACCAAGAAUGGAUGGUGAACUUGGUACUUAUCUUGCCUUAACUUGUGAAAAUGUAGUAGGAAUUGAUGUUUUCUUAUCAGGAGUUGCAUCUCAUUACGUUCCAUCACAGAGAUUACAACAAUUAGAGGAUCGACUAAGUGAAUUAGAAAGUGAUGAUCAUGAAGUGAUAAACAGUGCUAUUGAGGAAUUUGUUUCUGAGCCUCCGAAAGAACACAAGUAUUCUUUUGGCACUGAAUGGUCAAAAAAAACAUUGGAAACAUUAAAAAAACAUUCACCUACUAGCUUAGUUGUUACGUUAAAAGAAUUAAGAGAAGGAAAAGAAAAAGAUAUAGUUAAUUGUUUUAAGUUGGAAUACAAUGUGGUUCAAAAGUUUUUGGAAAAAUCUGAUUUUAAAGAAGGAGUUAGGGCACUUUUAAUUGAUAAAGACAACAAUCCCAAAUGGAAUCCAAGUACUAUAAAUGACAUAAAUGAAGAAGAAAUCAUAAACUUUUAUUUUAAUUCAGAAAAAGAUUGCGAGACAAUUGAAUUUUUGAAUGAGUUAUCGUUUGAAAAACACCCUCAUUAUAAAUUCAGUUUACCAUCUGAAGAAGAAAUUCGUAUGGUAAUUACUGGCGAGACUCCUGAUGCCGGUUCAUUAAGUAUGUCCAAGUCAGAAGUUGUAGAUUUCUUUCUAAAAAAUCGUAAAUCAAAAAUUGGAGUUCCUGAAAAAGUUUUAGAAGUUUUAGAUAGGAAAACGUCAUCUCUUAAUGGCGGAUUAAAAUGGAAGGAUUGA